CCCGCCGUACUGCCCUGGAUGCGGCUUGUCCAACCGGCGGCCGGCGGCAAGGAACAGAACUUGGAGGCCUACUUGAAACACAGCCAGCUGUACUAUCGACCAACGAGGAAGAUCGGCAAGACCGAGGAGCUCCUGGUUUGGUACGACGAGGAGCUUUCCAGCCUCCUGGGUUUCAGUGCACUCAAGGCCAGGACGCUCCCAGCCGAUCUCCGGUGCCCGGCCUGCGGGCAGGCCUUUAAAGGGCAGCACUGCUAUCUGGCCCACGUCCGUUUCCUCUGCGCCCUGGAGAAACACGCCCCGCCGGGGAGCAAUCUCCCGGAGCAGAAGCGCCGAGCCCCCACCCUCCCCCGAUGCCCAAGGGACUUCUCCUUCGUGUGGCCCGCCCGAGCCCGGGGGGAGCAGAAAAGCGCGUUCAGCAAGCCCACGAAGGGUCUGGCAGGCCGGGCUCUCGGGACUUCCUCUCAUCCCACGACCGAGUUCAUCCCCGCGGCGGCCAUCACGUGCUACGGCAGCCUGGUGGAUUCCAAGUUCUUGGUCAGGGGGUUGUGUAAUUCUCAGGCCCUGCAGGCGAGCCUCAGCCGGGGCGACGCCGUCCCGUGUCCCUCAGACCCCUGGCCGAAACAACCCGGGGGGCAGUUGCAAACCCCCGCCCCUUCCUCCUCCUCCUCCUCGCUGCCACUGCUGCCGCCCACCUUCACCUCGUUCGGCGUGGCCGCCCAGAACUGGUGCGCCAAAUGCAACCUCUCCUUCCGCAUGACGUCCGACCUGGUCUUCCACAUGCGGUCCCACCACAAGAAGGACUACGCCUCCCCGGAGUCGCAGUGCAAGCGGAGACGGGAGGAGAAGCUGACCUGUCCCAUCUGCCACGAGUACUUUCGGGAACGGCACCAUUUAUCCCGACACAUGACCUCUCAUAAUUAGAGCCGGGGACACGGAUCUGACGGCGGGACCAACUGGCAGGAGGAGUGGGGGAGGGGAAACGUUAGUUUAUAUCAUUAUUUUCUGUGUUUAAAUUGAUUUCUUAUAGGAAACAGCAGUUUACAAUAAUUUAUAACUGACACUUCACGGAAAAUAUAUGUUUACAUGAGACCAAGCGGACAGUCAGUUUUGCAAAUGCAGACAAGCCCUUGUUGGUAUAUUUUUGAGGAAAUAAAAUGGGGACAUGAAUUGAAAUGUUUUAUUUCAGUUUGGGAUCAAAGCCAACAGUCUGUUGUAGCCGCAUGCAAGAGGUGCUGUUAUUUGCAUAUGUCACAAUCAGAGCUGAGCAAAUCAUUGAUUUUUUUUUUUAUAAUCAAUUCGUUUUGCACCAAAACUUUGUUGUUGUUGUUUUUCUCUCCAGAACAAGAUAAUGAAACUGCUAUCGUUGGGUGGAACAAAAUGCUCUAACAUUGGUUUGAAAUGAUGUUUUGACUUUGUUGGGAAAAGAAAUUGUAUUCGGCGGAAACUAUGUAUUCAAUUCAACCCAAAUUCGCCAAGCGUUUGGAUUGUGUUGGAACUCCAUUUUGGGGUGAAUUUAGUAUUUAACAAAAAACUUUCACCCAGUUCUAGGAGCAGGGACUGUUUGGGUGCCAGCAGGUUUGAACCUGGGUUUUUCAGUGUUAAACAGCUUCAGACUUUAAUGCUUCAACUUAAGGACUUAGCUCCACUUGCUGGCAGAUGUUGUAGACUCUUAUCCUCUUAUGUGGACCAGAUUCUAAAGUGUGCCUUUCUAGCUUGUGCAUACGCUAAAGAGAAGAGACAUACGUGAAAUGAAACCUCGCUGCUCCAUGCCUGUGGGGCGGGGUUGUGAGCCAAACUCUGAUCUAAGUUGUGUAAACAACCCUCUUGUGUAAGGAACCAAACCACACUCGCACGAGGGUGUGACUGAACGUGAGCAGAUCUGGGUUCUGUUCCUACUCUGAAAUGUCUUUCUUUAAUCCAAGAUCCAGAUCUCUAUGUUGUAGUCUGGGCUCCCUGUUACCGAACAGACCCAGGCCCAAAUUCUGCCAUCGGUG